AUGUCCAGCGCUGCGAUUACACCUUCUAUGCGAGCUGUCGGGCGGCAUGAUCCCGGUGUCUUUGCCGGCAUCUACCAGGCCGCAGGGAGUGACUUGGUGACCUUUCGCCACUUCCUAAACGAUACAGCACGCAGCGAGAGCGAUGAGGACGACGAUGAUGACAACAACAAUCCGUGGGCUAGCAUUGCCUUCGCUUUGGCUGACCAUCCCAACUUGCAGAGCUCGUCACCGCUCUGUCCGUCCUUCGUAACAGGAGACCUGCUAGAUCAACUCGUACCGAGUGUGGCGUCAUCUCGUCCCAAGGAGCAGAAUGUAAUCAAGUACCAUGUUAUCUACCACGAGCAUUGCCAUCUACCUCCCAAUUCACCCCUACAUACUCAUCUUCAAGGUCGAUGCGCUCGAAACCUUCCCAACCCCGUCCGCCAUGAAAGCCCGCUCCCAAUCCCCCCACCCAAACGAUCCGCAUCCGGCUCUAUCUCGCCGAGGAAGGGUGGUUCGGACGACGCCGACAACAAUGAAUUGGACAACAUGCUUGCGCCGACUGGUAUGGACAUAGACGUCACCGAGGCCAAGAGGGUUAUAAAUGAUUUCAGGUCCUCAUGCCUGAACAGAGCAACUUGCUGUGCCGUCUCAGGUGAAGGCGAACCAUGGUGCCCGGGUCCGCCUAUCGGCCCUGGCGUCCAGGCCUGCCACAUCCCUGGCAAAACACCUGGAGCCCCAGGAACGGCAUCCUCGCACCUCCACGAGUUUUGCGACGCACGGCUCUUUUCUAUCCAUCCCCGCACAUUCCGUGUCCGCGUGUUUGUACCAUACGACGUCCUGGCUAAGUUCAAUGGGCGGAGAGCACCAGUGCCCACGACUAUCGAUCGCAAGGCCCUCCGACAUCAUUACGAGAUGUCCUGCAUCGAGAAUAUGGCGGCGGAGAGGCCGAGUUUGGAUGUCACCUCGCUUAGCAUGAGUAGGAUAGCUAGAUCCGGAACAAACACGCUGUUUGAUACAAGAUACGACCUCCCCGCGACGCCGAGCUCGAGAAGCAUGCAAACAGAGACCGUUAUUAGUAGGACAGGCGACCCAUCUAGGAGAUCGCGGCCGACCCCGUCCGACCAAAAUCAACCCACAGACACUUCUAGGCAGAGUAGCUUGAUAGAGGAAGCUGAAGCGGCGCCAUGGGGAAACAAAAGAAGGUGUAAACGCAGACGAUUGGAGGAUUGCCAGGCUAAUAAUAAGACCUCGUCUUCACAAUACGAUUGGAUUCAAGAGGAUAAGCCAGAGGGUUAUAUUAUGGUCUGGAAUCAUCGCGAGUUUUUAGCAAAUGUGAACCGGGAACUGGAAAAGUUUAAGGCACGCCCAUUUGCAAGUUGA